AUGUUUCAAACAACAAAUGUAACCUCUUCUGCGGUUCCAAAUGCUGCUGUCGUUCGUCCUAGUUUUCAAAUAAUGAAUACAUCAAAUAAUCAUCAUACACAUGUACCAUCUUCUACUACGACAAAUCCUUCAUGGCGUUUAACAACACCACCACCAUCAGUUGUUUCAAUAUUAAAUGGAAAUUCUUCAACAUUUUAUAUAGCAACACAAUCGUCAACAACAACGAGUAAUAUUAUUCGUCAAUCUACACAGACAGUACGUCAUAUAACACCAUCAUUUACAAUAAUCAAUAAUAGUAAUACAACAAUAAGUGGACAAAUGCCAAUAAUAUCAUCUUCAAAUAUUAAUUUACCAUCGGACACUUGUGUUGAUACAUCUAUUCUUGGACGAUUGACAACAUCAACAGUUCAACGGCAACAAACACCUUGUGAAAAUUUUGAAGAACAGACCUCUUCACUAGGGAAUGAUAUAGAUAUAGAACGUACUCAACAAGAUUCUGAAAUUGAAUUAUUUGUAAAUAAUAUUGUAUGUUCAUUUGCACUUGGUUGUAAAUUGAAUCUACGUAAAAUUGCGAUGGAAGCUGCAAAUGUUAUUUAUAAACGUGAUCAUGCGGCAAGUUUUAUUUAUUAA